UUGACUGGUUCGAGAGUCGAGACUGGAGGAGCGCUUUACGCCAAUUCUCGGGUGAUAUAUGGCUUUAAGUUGACGCCUUCAAAACUCUUACUUCACGCCUUCAUUUCGGUAUGACACUAACAGUCUAGACUUGAUUUCAAAAUAUUGAAUUUGUGCUUUCAAUUUUUAGAGUUUUGGAUUUGAGAGAAACGGGAAAUUAAGUUGUUGUGCCGUCGUACGCGUACAAGUACAGUAUCAGUUCUUCGUAGGGAAGCUCUAUACAAUCUCUGGUCUUCAUGGCUAACAAUCCAUCACAGCUUCUCCCAUCAGAGCUGAUAGAUCGGUGCAUAGGAUCCAAAAUAUGGGUCAUAAUGAAAGGAGACAAGGAACUUGUUGGCACUCUCAGGGGCUUUGACGUCUAUGUUAACAUGGUUCUUGAAGAUGUCACUGAAUAUUUCUCCUUCAAACACAGUUCCAUUCUCAUUCUCAACUAUUACAACUACAACGGUUUGUGUUCUAUCAACAACAACGGUUUGUAUUCCAUCAACUGUUCCGAAUACUCGAAGGGUUACUAUAGCUUACAUUAUUCCAGAGGGUCAACAUUUUCCUGCAAAAGUGUCAAACUUUUCCCAACCAAAUGCAGUUAUUUGUAAUAUCAGGGAUAAGUUAAAUGAGGAUCAAUUGGAGACCUUUAGUAGAUCAUGCUUUGGCAUGUAUCUUCGUAUUAAGAAAAAUUUGAGGUCACGGUCAUUACUUAAAGACCAUUGGUUUCAUGUCAAAGUGUGUAUUAUAUGCAAACUUCAACUCCAAAACAUGUAUAUUACUAUCAACUCCAAACAACUCAUAGAUCAUACCCACCAACUCCGAAUAUGUAAUGGUAUCAUUAACAAUGACACAUUGACUUCUUCCACCUUUGAACUUGUACAUACUGCGAAAAAUUUCCCAUUGUCUACCAUACA